GGCUUCCACAGCCGCCCACCCAUGGCCUCCUGCUUCACAAGGGCCCUGAAGAGCUUUAAGGGGAAUGAGGGGCAGCCGCCCAAGGGUGGGAAGGCGGCCACGCUGCCCAAUGGCACGGCCCGUGAGGAGUUUGAGGAGUACCAGCGGCAACUGCUGGAGGAGAAGAGCGAGCGGGACAAGGCCUUUGUACAGAAGGCGGAACAGGACACUCUGCGGAUGCACAUGCGGGACAAGUGCCACCUGCCCCAGGACGAGCGGGAUGAUGCUCAGCUGCACGUGGCCGGCGGCGCGGUGGCCGCCAUGGUGCACGGCGAGGAGGAGGAAGACAAAGCGGAGGAGGAUGACGGGGCCUUCGCCUUCCUGACGAAGCUGCGGGAGGUGAACCUGCUGGCGCUGCGGGACUGUGCGCUGGGCAGCAGGGACGAGAUGGAGGGGAAGGGUGUCCUGGCGUAGCGUCGCUGCCCGCCUGGCCGGCGGGUCACAGCAGCAGCGCUGGGGCUCAGCCCUGCCCCGUGGCUCCCCCCCGGGAGCGAUGCGAUGUGAGUGUUACUGGUGCCUUUACCUGGGGCUGGGGCUUCCAAUACACACAGUGAGGGUGGGGUUUCCUUCCCAAAACCCUGUCGCUUUUCCAGGGUGCACUGGGUGGGUGCUGGGAGGCAGGACACCCACCCGCUGGCCAAGGCCCUCCCUGGGGUGCCCCUGGUGUGAGCCCCCAGACAGGGCGAGUGGUGGUUCCUGAUGCUCUGUCACCCCCGGCAACCAGCCCCAGGGCCUUGGGGACCCUUUGGCUCAAUAACUGCAGAA